CGCAAUAUACUCCUCGAUGAGGUUCUGCGACACGAAGGCCUUGCCGGACAGCAUCCCCUCUCUUUCUGCGCUUCCUGUCAGUUGGAAGCUGGGACUUUGCGCUGUGAGGACUGUGUAAGCAGCCAUCUAUACUGUGACUCUUGCGUUUGCGAGAAUCACAAGACGGCACCGCUUCAUCGGAUAAAACGUUGGGAAGGGCGUACUUUUGCCAGAUGCUCAUUGCGCGAAUGCGGGCUUUGUCUUCAACUCGGCCAUGACGGAGAUGAUUGCGCUCAUCCACAUCCCCAAUGUACGCUCACGAUCUUGGACAUCACAGGCGUUCACCAGAUCAAUGUACAGUUCUGUGAUUGUGCCAACGUCGGGUCCUCUCGCUACUACAUCCAGAUGAUGCGUGCCGGCUGGUGGCCCGCCUCCCUCGAACGUCCUCGAACAGGCUUUACCUUCCGCCUCCUCCAACAGUUUCACGCGCUCACCCUUAUCGCGAAAACGAACGCAUACGACUACUACCGCUCACUCAUGAAGAUAACAGAUGGAAGUGGGGUUCACCACCAUAAGUUUCGCUAUAGGGAAUUCAGUCUGUCUUUCCGUGGUUGGCGAAAUAUCACGGCAGGCAAGCGCGCAGGGCGCGCGUAUGAGGAGGGCGGUAUGGAAACAACUGCCGAUGGCGAGUUGUGUCCAAAGUGUCCCGCCUGCCCUAUCCCACUCGUCAACAUCCCGGCGAACUACCUCGACGCGCCUCCAGACAAGAAGUGGUUAUAUACGUUCUUCGUCGCCAUAGACGGGAACUUCAAGCUCAAACGCAAAAACCAUACAUUUGACGACAUUCACUUUUCACCUGGUAAGGGCUGUUUUGUAGACGAUGGUAAGUAUCGCGCGACCAUCGACAGGCAUGUGGAUGAUGAACCAGAAGUCAAAGUUUGCGAAUCCAACUAUAACGUUCUCGACCGUGCAAACGCUCAGACGUCGACUCGUUUUGCCUCUACUGGCAUCGGAUCUGCAGAGUGCGGACACCACUACUUCUUCUUGCCCAAUGGUGUUGGCGAUUUUCAGAAGGGGGAGAGGUACAUCAACAUCGGCUAUGUUCUACUCCGUGCCAUCGCACUCACGCAUCCCGAAUGGUGGCGGCUAGUAAUAUCCUACGACAUUGCAUGCCAAUUCUCCCUCAACUUCUUCAAGCGCAUGAAGGACUUCGACAUCACCUUCCGUAUCGACCCCGACAAUUGUGAAAUCAUAUUCCUCGUUCCUAAAUUUCAUCUUCCCGCCCACGGUGAAAGCUGCCAUAUCAAAUUUGCGUUCAACUACCGCACCGGUGUCGGACGCACCUACGGGGAGGGAAUCGAAGCUAACUGGUCCGAAACCAACUUCGCCGCCCUAGCUACCCGUGAGAUGCCAUUUGGCGCACGCCAGGAGACUCUCGACGACCUCUUUGCAUGGAUGAACUGGCAGAAAACCAUCACCUUCGGAGAACGAUUCUCAAAGUCGCUUAACAUUGCUGUCGCUGCCUCAGAGAAGACCCAGAAGAAGUUCAAACAGCUGAGAGAUACAUUUGAGGCUGAUGUCGUCGAGUGCUGGGACAGGGAGAUUGAGGCCUGGACGCAGGACUCGACCCAGGAUAAUCCAUACCAAGAACCCGAGGUGACCCAUGUAACUGUCGCACAAUGUUUGGAGGCCAUUGGAAGAGAAGAGGCUGCAGAGGCUGCCGCGGGGGUUCUAGCACCUCACGAAAUAACGGCCGGUAAAUUUCUCAGUGUCGGCAUGGACCUUCAAGAACAACAGUACGUCCGCACUUUGAGAUCCCUUCACCCCAUAUUCCUUGACGCGAAGACAGCAGAUGAGAGAGCCGAGCUGCAAAGCCAACGGAACACGCUUGCUCAUCGCCAGACUAAUUGGCGUAGCAUCCUCGCAUUUUACAUGCCCGUAGCCUCCCAGCUUGAUACGCACGCAGGAACCACGAAUUCCACUGGCGAGGGUGAGGAAGCGGACGAAGACAGUUUGGCGAAACCAGAAUACGACAAGUUAUGGUUCCCUUCCGAUCGGCCAGCUGAUAUCGCGGUAGAGAGAUGGAGGGCGGGUAUGGCUGGAGGGUUGAUGGACAAAGAGAGAAGGCUUCGAGAGGCAGAGUGCGAGGACUGUUUGCGUCAGAUCAGGAGGUACAUCCGAGUGCGGAUGGGCUUAGUAUCGUACAAGAAAACACAUGUGGCUGGCAGGGGGAACGGUAGUAACACCCGGGCCCAGAGCGCCAUUUCCAGCAUACAGGACAAAAUCAAACGCCUCCGUGUUCGCUACAACGAAUCUCUUCAACGCCUUUCCAUCCUCGACAGCGACCCGGCUUCUCCAUGGCGCUCGCGACUGCUCGAAAUGCAGGUCGCUGAUCUCAAGACUCCUAGUGGACUCGACCCUUUUGAUUCCGAGUAUGAGGACGACGACGCGAGUUCCAGGCGCCGCAGAGCAUUAGGGGAUGGAUAUCGAGAUCUCUCCUGGAUAUGGAGUGGGCUGCGACCUGAUGUUGACGAUGUCUGGGCAGACAGUGCUUCACGUGAGGAGGUCGUGGCAGAAAUGCGCUCCACAUAUGCGAGAGCCAAGGCGCGUUGGUGUCGAUGGGAGGAGGAAAUCCAGCUGCUUCUUGAAGAGAUGCGGAGGGUUGUGGCGACAUUCUUUUGGAUGGAAAGGAGAUGGUUGGCGAGGACAACAUAUCGUCCGGAAGCUCGCGAGGACAUCCACAGUGGCCUAGUCUCUUACGCGUUGAGACAGGCAAGUGUCUAUCGAGGCCUUGCGUAUCGUUUUGGGUUGAAGUGGGUACCGCAGGUAGCGGCUCUGGGGCUUGACGUCGAUUGGGAACCCGGGCUUGUUGACUAUGUCCAGUCAGUUAUUAGGACACGCUCAGCUACAAGGUCUGCGGGCUUCUUCACCGCCAGCUCUAACACGCCUUCAUCACCUUUUACCUCCUCGCCAAUGACGGAGUUGCCUUCCCACGCCACAACAAUCUCACCUUCGGGCGCCACACCUGUACCCGGAGGCGGACUCUGUGCGCCUUCAUCUUCUUCUACUAAUGUCACCACCGUACCCGACACCACCGCCACGCCUUUUAUCGACUUACAAUCGGAAACCAACAAAACAUCGACCUUUCCCGCGACAAACGGUGUUGGGGAAGCUGAUCGCUGGACACAGGAUGCUCGGGAUGCAAUAUCUGCCGAGUUACACUUACUAGAGGCAGUACAUAAUCUUCAUUUAGACGUCUCCGAUGAGUCUGACGGUGUUGCCUCUGACUCUUCUGGAGAAGACAUGAGACAUAAUAAUGGUGGAAUAUCGUAUGGUGGCUUUGAUUCUGAUUAA